UAGCCGUGCUGUGGAGUGAAGGUCUUCUCCCUGUCGCCCCAUGUCCAUUCAGGAGUCCAGUCUUUGCAUACAACCCUUUGCAGCUUUUCCUGGGUUAGUGGGACCCCUCCCUCAGGUGUGACAACAAUGAAGAAACUGGACCAGCUCAGAAGGGCAUGGUCUUGUAUUGGCACCUACUAGUCCAGGCCAACCCCCUCUGUAGUUACGGUGGCCCAUCUGUUAGGGCUGAGCUUGGCGACCGUCCCCCAAACACACCCCACAGUACCCGUCUGUGGCCAGCCCUGAUGCCAGCCCAGAGUGCACUGAGCUCUGGUAUCUGAGGUUUGCACAGCAACCAGGAGAGUCACAGGCAGGAGGCAGCUUCUCUUCUCUCGGCUGUGCUCACCCCCUGCAUAUGCCAAUGGCUUCUGGCUCUCUGAGUUUGAGAAGCCGAUAUCCUGGGUGUGCACAGCUAACCAGGGAAUGCACCCCGGAAUGGGGGCCUUGAGAAAACCGAGGGCAGGAACUUCCCAUGGCCCAUCACUCGUUCAGGGCGCCUGGUCACUUGCAGCCCGUUUUAGCCUGAGCUCAGCCUGUCUGGCGGAGGCAGGCUGUGGCAGGACAGGACACUGACCCCCUUGCCAGGUAAGGAUGCCACCCUCAGGGGUGGAGGGGUGACGCUGGGCCCGGUGAACUUCCUGCAGAGGCUAUCGGGAGACGCCUGCAGGAGGCAACGGGCUUCGGCACCUGGGCAGGGUUGGGGUGUGGACGUGGGGCCCAGAUGUCCUGGAAGUUUCCUUCCUGCUGUAGCUCCUCGCUGACUGUGCUCGCCUCUGGGUGCCUGGCUUGCCUGCAGGAGGCAGCUUCAAGCUGUGACUCCACUGGCUUCUGCUUCUGCUCCAGGGAGUGAGCAUGUCUCUGUGACAUUUGACCCAGGCGCUCACCUGCCAGUUGUGGGCCAUCCUACCAGUGGGUGGGGGCUGUGGGGUCCCAGCUAUCCCCACCAUUCAGGCCAGACUUGGCCAUGUAAGCCAACUGCUCCCACUCUCACUCAGACGAAAACUGAGCUUGCCGCUGGGGCUUCCCUGGGAGCUCAGAAACCACGGGCCUCAGAAACCUCCGGGGCCCUCGCACUCCGGCCUCCCGGGCCCCUUUCUCCUGCCGCGUCUGAGCCCGCUUUUCUCUCAUGACACCUGUUCUCUCUCCUCCUAUGCUGUCUGACACAGUCUUUCUCUUAAUAAAUCACAGUGUUUUAUGUUUUAGUUCUUAGGUGUGUUUUAUUUUAUUUUUAGUUUUUUCAAACAAUUAUUUAAGUUCUUUUAAUUUCAUGUUCUAGGUUUUAAGGUUUUUCUAAUUUCUUAAUUUUGUUGUUGUUUUUGUUUUGUUUAUUUGUUUUUAUGUACUGUAUUUUCAGUGUUUUAACCAAACAAUUGUGGCUACUCAUGGUGAGGAAAGACCGCUAAGAGUGUGGGUCUUUGCAUUUGGAGGUCACUGCUACACGUUGAUGUUUAGGAGGUUGAGAGGUUUGCCUUUAGUGUCCCCAGGAUGAGAUGUCCGAGUCGGGCCAGUCCUCAGUGGCUGCCACGCCCAGCACCACAGGCACCAAGUCCAACACGCCCACGUCCUCCGUGCCCUCGGCCGCCGUCACCCCCCUCAGCGAGAGCCUGCAGCCCCUGGGGGAUUACGGCACCGGCACCAAGAGCAGCAAGCGGGCUCGGGAGAAGCGCAACAGCCGCCACAUGGAGGUCCAGGUCACGCAGGAGAUGCGGAACGUCAGCAUAGGCAUGGGCAGCAGUGACGAGUGGUCUGAUGUUCCAGACAUUAUCGACUCCACCCCAGAGCUGGAGCCCCGCCUCGACCGCACUGGCAACAGCCCGACCCAGGGGAUUGUCAACAAGGCUUUUGGCAUCAACACUGACUCCCUGUACCACGAGCUGUCGACCGCGGGGUCCGAGGUCAUCGGGGACGUGGACGAAGGGGCCGACCUGCUAGGGGAGUUCUCAGUGCGCGAUGAUUUUUUUGGAAUGGGCAAGGAAGUGGGGAAUCUGCUGCUGGAGAACUCACAGCUUCUAGAAACCAAAAACGCUCUGAACGUGGUGAAGAAUGACCUCAUCGCCAAAGUGGACCAGCUGUCUGGGGAGCAGGAGGUGUUGAAGGGGGACUUGGAAGCUGCCAGGCAAGCCAAACUGAGGCUGGAGAGCCGGAUCAAGGACCUGGAGGAGGAGCUGAGGAGAGUGAAGUCCGAGGCCAUCAUUGCCCGCCGUGAACCCAAAGAAGAGGGGGAGGAUGUAAGCAGCUAUCUCUGUACAGAAUUGGACAAGAUCCCCAUGGCGCAGCGCCGCCGCUUCACGCGGGUGGAGAUGGCCCGUGUGCUGAUGGAGCGCAACCAGUACAAGGAGCGGCUGAUGGAGCUGCAGGAAGCUGUGCGGUGGACCGAGAUGAUCAGAGCAUCCCGAGAGCACCCAUCUGUCCAGGAGAAGAAGAAGUCCACCAUCUGGCAGUUCUUCAGCCGCCUCUUCAGCUCCUCGUCCAGCCCCCCACCCGCCAAGCGGUCCUACCCCUCAGUGAACAUUCAUUACAAGUCACCCACCACAGCAGGCUUCAGCCAGCGCCGAAGCCACGCCCUGUGCCAGAUCUCAGCAGGCAACCGGCCCCUGGAGUUCUUCCCAGAUGACGACUGCACCUCCUCUGCCAGGCGGGAGCAGAAGCGUGAGCAGUACCGCCAGGUGCGCGAGCACGUGCGCAACGACGACGGGCGGCUGCAGGCCUGCGGCUGGAGCCUGCCGGCCAAGUACAAGCAGCUGAGUCCUAACGGCGGCCAGGAGGACACACGGAUGAAGAACGUGCCUGUCCCGGUGUACUGCCGCCCUCUGGUAGAGAAGGAUCCCACCAUGAAGCUGUGGUGUGCUGCGGGCGUCAACUUGAGCGGCUGGAAACCCAGUGAGGACCACACUGGGAAUGGAGUCAAGCUGGAGCCAGGCUUUGACCCCCUGACCUGCAACCGGGAAGUGGAAGGAGAAGCCAAGAGCAACCACACAUCGCCGGAGAAGAAAAAGGCAAAGGAGCUCCAUGAGACAGACGCCACCUCAAGCCGGGUGUGGAUCCUCACCAGCACCCUGACCACCAGCAAGGUGGUGAUCAUCGACGCCAACCAGCCAGGCACCGUGGUGGACCAGUUCACCGUCUGCAAUGCCCAUGUCCUGUGCAUCUCCAGCAUCCCCGCGGCCAGCGACAGUGACUACCCUCCCGGGGAGAUCUUCCUAGACAGCGACGUGAACCCUGAGGACUCUGGUGCGGACGGGGUGCUGGCCGGCAUCACCCUCGUGGGCUGCGCCACACGCUGCAAUGUGCCGCGGAGCAACUGCUCCUCCCGGGGGGACACCCCGGUGCUGGACAAGGGCCAGGGGGAGGUGGCUACUGCCGCCAAUGAGAAGGUCAACCCUUCACAGUCCACGGAAGAGGCCACAGAGGCCACAGAAGUCCCUGACUCUGGGCCCAGUGAGGCAGAGGCAGCUGCAGUGCGGCCCGGGCCCCUCACGGAACACGUCUUCACCGACCUGGCCCCUGCCCCACCCCCCAGUGCCCAGCCUGGCAGUGAAAAUGGGCCAGAGGCUACCUCGAGUGAUGUGCAGCCCGAGCCUGAGCCCAGUGGAGACCCCAAGGGGGCCAGCAGCAGUGCCUCGCCCACCAUGUGGCUGGGCGCCCAGAACGGCUGGCUGUACGUGCACUCGGCCGUAUCCAACUGGAAGAAGUGUCUGCACUCCAUCAAGCUGAAGGACUCCGUGCUGAGCUUGGUGCACGUGAAAGGACGAGUGCUGGUGGCUCUGGCAGAUGGGACUCUGGCCAUCUUCCACCGCGGCGAAGAUGGCCAGUGGGACCUGAGCAACUAUCAUCUGAUGGACCUGGGCCACCCACACCACUCCAUCCGCUGCAUGGCCGUUGUGUACGACCGUGUCUGGUGCGGCUACAAGAACAAGGUGCACGUCAUUCAGCCCAAGACGAUGCAGAUAGAGAAGUCCUUUGAUGCCCACCCGCGGCGGGAGAGCCAAGUGCGGCAACUGGCAUGGAUCGGCGACGGGGUAUGGGUGUCCAUCCGCUUGGACUCCACACUGCGGCUGUAUCACGCCCACACCCACCAGCACCUGCAGGACGUGGACAUCGAGCCCUACGUCAGCAAGAUGCUGGGCACCGGCAAGCUGGGCUUCUCUUUCGUGCGCAUCACGGCCCUGCUUAUUGCGGGCAACCGUCUCUGGGUGGGCACCGGCAAUGGAGUCGUCAUCUCCAUCCCGCUGACCGAGACUGUGGUUCUGCACCGAGGCCAGCUCCUGGGGCUCCGAGCCAACAAGACAUCCCCUACCUCUGGGGAGGGGGCCCGCCCAGGAGGCGUCAUCCACGUGUACGGCGACGACAGCACCGACAAGUCGGCUAGCAGCUUCAUCCCCUACUGCUCCAUGGCCCAGGCUCAGCUCUGCUUCCAUGGGCACCGCGACGCUGUCAAGUUCUUUGUCUCCGUGCCAGGGAACGUGUUGGCCACUCUCAAUGGCAGCGUGCUGGACAGCCCGUCCGAGGGCCCCGGGCCUGCCGCCCCUGCCUCAGAGGCCGAGGGCCAGAAGCUGAAGAAUGUGCUGGUGCUGAGUGGCGGGGAGGGCUACAUUGACUUCCGCAUUGGCGAUGGGGAGGACGAUGAGACGGAGGAGAGUGCAGGGGACGUGAGCCAGGUGAAGCCCAUGCUGUCCAAGGCCGAGCGCAGCCACAUCAUCGUGUGGCAGGUGUCCUACUCCCCCGAGUGAGGCAUGGCCUCUGUUGCCCCCUACCUGGCACCAUCAUGUACAUAUGCCCACCCUGCCCCAUGGGGCAGCCCACCAGCCCCUCUCUAACCUCUCAACCUGCAGCUUUCACCUUAGGUCCGGCCUGGGAGCUGACAGGGGCAGCAAGCAGCAAAGUGGAUCUGGGUGGGAGGUGGGAGGGACAGAGCCUUUGGGGACACCCUUUUCCAAGCAGCUCCUGGCCAGCCCCUAGUCCAGAGUCCAGACCCAGGGCACUGGAGGGCCAGAACAAGGCAGAAUUCCAGAGUGAACAUUCCCCAGGGAGCUCCCAACCGCACCAUGGGCUCCCCAUCUCAUCAGGGGAGGAAGCAGGGUCCUCACAGCCAAGGCCCACUUGCCUUUGCCUGCUGUCCAUGAGGGGGGUGGGGUCUGACCUUAAGGGAGCCAGCCCAGCCACUAGCCUUCCCUGGGUUCCCCCAUGCCCUGCCCCUGCCACCCCAGGAAAUGGCAUGAAAGCAUGUAUCCAGGCUCCCGGGGCAGCUGUGUGAGAAGAUAGAUACCCUCGUCCUGCUCAUGUUCCCCGAUUCCCUGUGUGGCAGGCUCUCACCAGCCCUCAUCAACCCAUGUGUCCUCUCCUGGGCAGAAGACCCACCUUAUAGAAGCAGGCCCUGCAGUCCUCCUCCUCCUGGAAGGCCCCAGGGUGGGGUUUCUCAGGCUGCCAGGGCAGACCCAAGCCUCAGGAAGGGGUGGGGGGUGGGGGGGCACUAGGACACAGGAUCGGCCUCAGGGUGAUGGAAGAAGGUGUGCUCCAGGGCCUGCCUCCCAAGCAGUCUCCAAGGAGCCCAGCUCCCAAGACACGUUACUAAGUGCCUCGGGCUGGUGGUGGGGCCUUCUCCCUUAAGGGCAACUGACAGGCUGACAGCGGAGACCCUAAGGGCUCAGGACGGGCCACCUCCCUGGCUCUAGGAGCAUGCACCACCCGCUUUGAAGGGCACCGCCCUGGACUGCUGCCUCCCCACCUGCCCAGGCCCAGGCCUUACUCCUGCUCCGAGAAACACUGAUCAGGGCAGCCCCGGCCCUGCUGCCCACGCACCUCCCACCAGAGAAGCACAGAUCUUGGGCAGCCGUGCCAUAGCCCAGCCAGGACCACUGCAGUCACAUGCAGCGUAGGCUUCUCCCACCGCCUGCCCCUCUCCACUGUGAUGUAUGUCAAGUCCUUGUCUGUCCCCACAGGGCCAGGAUGACCGGUGUUAUCUGGGUGGAUGCAGCUGGGGGAAGGGGCUGGGUGGCGAUUCUCCUCAGGCUUUGGCCCUGCAAGCAAACCCGCGUAUCUGCUCUGUGUAAUAAAUGUCUUACCAUGGAA